GCUCCUGUCCCCCCCAGCCGCACUGGGUGGCCUGGGGCUGUUUCCAGAGAAGAGGAGCCCUAGGGGAGGGAACAGUCCUCUGAUCAAGGAAGCCGGCCGGCCCCACGCAUUCCCCGCCCCAGGAUGUCCCCCGGCCCGCUCUCAACACGUCUGUGGGGAAACCGCCAAGCGCAGAGGGCACCAAGAAGCCACCCCUUGCCUGGCGAUGCCCUCGAGCACCUGGCUGUUGUUCCGGCGCGCCCCAGGCCGCCCCCACAGAGCCUUUGCCGGCCUGGCCGCUGGCCGCCUCUCCUGCCAAAGUCGCCGUCGCCUCCCCCCGUGACCGCUUGUGGCCCACCCUCAGUUUCAUACAUCCUCUGGCUAUCUCGCCAGUUUGUGGCCUUUUCGCGAUUGUGCUUUUAUGCCUUUCCUGUCGGUGUUUGUUUGUUUCUGGGCGACUCUUAUCUGACCCUGUGAAACCGACCAGAGCUGAGGCAGCUUGCAAAAUUGGCAGGAUGAAAACCAAGAUACAAAGUUGGAAGGAAAUUGGUUAACGCAGUAGCUAAAAGAAGAGGCUAAAAUUACAGAAAGAGCGGUGCUUUGAGGAUAUAGUUGGCAAACGGGCUCCUCCAGAAGAUGUUGCGGGAAGAGGACCGGGAAGUCCGGAGGGCAGAGGGCAGCUCCUCCCGCGUCAUCGGCGUGGUGUUUCUCUCGCUCCUGAUUGACCUCCUGGGCUUCACCCUGAUUCUGCCACUCCUGCCUUCGAUACUGGAUCAUUACAGUAAGAAUGACGAUGGGCUCUACAGGACUGUGCAAGCUGGCGUGGACUGGUUCAGCGGGAGGCUGGGCAUCCCGCCCGAAAGGAAGUACAACAGCGUUUUAUUUGGAGGUCUCAUCGGCUCCCUGUUUUCUCUGCUUCAGUUUCUGGCCUCGCCGCUCACUGGGGCCGCCUCAGAUUCCUUUGGGAGAAGACCAGUCCUGCUGGCCACUGUGCUUGGCCUGAUAGCGUCCUAUUCUCUGUGGGCCGUUUCCAGGAGCUUUGAGAUCUUUCUUUGCUCCAGAAUCGUCGGUGGAAUCAGCAAAGGGAACGUCAGCCUCUCCACUGCCAUCAUUGCUGAUUUGCAGUGUCCAAAAGCUCGAAGUAAAGGCAUGGCCAUGAUCGGCCUGGCUUUCUCCCUGGGCUUCACGCUGGGGCCGAUGCUCGGCGCGUAUCUCGCUCUGGAGACGGAGAAGGACGAGCUCUUCUACGUGAGGUCUGCUGUCUUUGCUGCCAUCUUUGCUGUUGCCGAUUUCGUGUUCAUCUUCGUCUGGUUGCCGGAGACGCUCCCAAAGGAAAAACGGGUGCCCUCCGUGCUGUCUGGCUUUCGGUCGGCAUUCAACCUGAUCAAUCCCUGGGCCUUAUUCCAGUUCGCUGCUGUACGUCAGAAGAUGGGAGGCCCCUCCAGAGACAGUCUCAAGAUCCUGGGCCUGGUGUAUUUCCUAUACCUCUUUCUGUUCUCUGGUCUGGAGUACACUCUGAGUUUUCUUGUUCAUCAACACUUCCACUUCAGCAGUUUGGAACAAGGGAAGAUGUUCUUCUUCAUUGGAGUCACCAUGGCUGUGAUCCAGGGGGGCUACACUCGCCAGAUUAAACCAGGAGAAGAACUGAAGGUUGUUAAAAGGGCAAUAAUGCUGUUGGCUCCUGGUUUCCUUUUAAUCGGCUGGAGCAGUAAUGUUAUCAUCCUAAGUGCAGGGCUGCUGUUCUACUCCUUUGCUGCGGCGGUGGCUGUCCCUUGCUUGUCUACGGUGGUGUCCAGCUACGGGCUGGAGAGCCAGAAGGGGACCGUGAUGGGCACCUUGCGAAGCUUGGGAGCCCUUGCGAGGGCGCUGGGGCCAGUGGCGUCAGCAACAGUGUACUGGCUGGCAGGAGCUGAAGUUUGUUUCACUGUUUGUGCCUCUCUGUUCCUGCUCCCCUUCGUUCUGCUCCAGUUUAUGCAAGAGCAAAGAAAAGAGGAGUAAACUACUCUGAAACUGUUUUCCAAGAAACUCAAAUCAACCUGAAGUGGCGAGCCAAGAAACCAGGUUGACUCUCGGAAACCUAACCCUGGCAUCAGUGUGUUUUUCAUAGCGUCCCUACAUGGUCUUUGCAUUGAUCUGAGUGGAAGUACCUUCUGCGUCCUGCUCUGGGGCUUUCUGUGGGAGUAUGGGGGGGGGCAGUGUCUGAGCCCAAAAAAGAGCAAUAACCCACGAAAAAGGGCCUUUUGGUAAAGCCGCCUGUCUGCAAAUACGACUGUUGCGAUGCCUGCCUGCUCAAUCCAUGGAUCAUAACCCAAAUACUGCAAAGCGUCCUAUGGUGCAGGGUCCUCCUCCGUCCAGCUGGGAACAGCCCAGGGACACCUCGCCGUUCCAGACACGAUGCUCGUGCACACCUUUGCUGGUUGGCCCACGAGGUCUUUACUGCGAGGCAAUGAGACCCAACGCAUGCCAUCUUUGGGUGGGCCAGCCGUGGAUUAGGGCUCCCCAAGUUUGAUGCGAAGGUUGUUAAUGCACCUGCCCCACAGGGGUCUUCGCGGUUUUUCCUUGCCUUCGUCUAGAUUGCUUUUUCCUCCUGUCCCUCCUAUCUCUUUUGAUUUCUGGACAUCAUUCUUAUCUUAGUUAUGUCUUAAUUCCCCUUUCUGCUUUCUGAGUACACAAACCAGCGAAAGCCCUUUCCUCUCUUUGGGUUCUGAGGAAGGAGAGGAAAACUCUGCAUAUUAGAUUACUGCAACUGCUGAAGGUGUAGACCUCUUCCACUCCCUGCAGCAAAAGCACUGACUUGGCCAAAGACCACGGAAAGCUUUGUGACCCUCAGCUUCCUCCACUGAGGCUCCAUAGAAGCAGAAGGCCGCCAUAAUGACCCCUUUCAGCAGAGACGAAAGCCCCAAGAGAGGAGGCUCUGCAGCUGCUGGGUUUUGGCCAAUCUACUCCUGAAAUGUGGGAGUGAUUCACUGGGAGGAUCCAAGGCUGUAACUCCCCUGCCAUCAUUAUCAUGCUGGGAAAUCGGGGGGGGGGGGGGCUGUAGAUCACAACAUUUUUCUAAAAUUCUAAGGUGAAUCUCAUUAAACACAGUAGAGCAAUUUUCGGUACACAGAACCACCUGCCUUAGAAAAAUAAGACACUUUCUCUUCAAAACGUAAAAGCGAGGUAAAGUUUUUUAAAAAGAAAAUUCUUCUAAAACUAGCAUGCAUUCUCAGCCUUCCAAACAUGGGAUUCUUAGAAAGUUUAAAUAUCAGGUCCCCAGUUCCUUUCUUUCAUUGCCUCAGAUCUGUUGCCAUUUUGCAUUCAAAUCAUGAUGCCAAUUCAGGGUGAGAAAAAAAAAAACGAUUGAGGAAACAGGUACCCCCUUUUCUUAAAUUUUGUCACUUCUAAUAAUGUCAUCCUACUUUCCUUCUUUCCCAGGGAAGACAGACAGCCAGAUGGGCAGGCAGGCAGGCAGGCAGGCAGGCAGACAGGUCAGCACCAUCAGGCUGUGCUCUCUCUCCUCCCAAAUACCACCUUCGUUCCAGGAAAAUGUUCUUCCUCAGUGAAGAAGCCAUGAUAGACAUUCCUGGCAGCCAUGAAUGGAAGCGGUGUCCCUUUCUGGAGAGAAAUAAUUCAGCCAUGACUAGAGGCCACUCCAUGAGACACCUCUACUGACCCUGAGGCCUCUUCCAGUAUAGUCUUUGCUCACCAGGCAGUAAAGAUUCCCUCCAGUUGAGUUGGACUCCUGGGGACUUCUGGGGCACGUCCGUGUAGUUUUCCUGGCAACAGGAGAGGAGUGGUUUUCUGUUGCCUCCUUUUGAACUGUGUCUUCAGCCUCCAGCCGGGGCUCUCCUGGGCCUGAUCCAGUCCCCAGUCCUGCCACCUAGGGAACGGCUACCAGGUCCACAGGCGGCUUGGGCCGGAGUUCAGAAAUGCCACCGGGGCUAUCUGUCAGGUCCUGCGUGGCAGCCUUUCCUGACAGAGGCAUUCCCGUUCGCCGCAG